AUGGAGGAUGGAGAACGAGUAACAAGAGGAGAAGAUGAGGAUCCCAACAACGAGGACCACCUAACUAUUCGGCAGUUGAGAGAACGCCUCGAACGAGACAGGCGAGUUGAAAGAGAAUUAAUGCAAGGGCUCGAACGAAGCAGAGCAAGAGAUGCAGAGUUGGCAGAAGAUAGAGCAAAUUUGGCAAGACAAAACACCCUGUUGAUGGAAGAAAAUCACAGACUGAAUGAGAACAUACAGACGCGAACUCAUACUGGAGAAACAGAAACUCAAACGAGCAGAAGUUCACCAAGGAGAAGGAGGAGACAUCGUAGUGAGGAAAGAAAAGCACAUAACGACCGUGUUGAGUAUGAAAGAGAGGUGCGUGAAAGAGAACGCGAAAUAGAAAACGUACGAGAUCUGGAAAUGAGGUCUCAGGAACGCAGAGCAAGAAGAAUAAACCAAGAAAGCAGAGAGAACCUAAAACAUGGAAUACAGAUAUACAACGGGGAAAGAGGAAGUAUCUUAGAGCGCGAAACCCAAAGAUACAGAAGAGAAACUAGUUUGGAAAGGGAAACUAGAAUAGCCAUAGAGAGAAGCGCGACAGAGCAAAGGGCAUUAGAAACAGCGGCGCGGAGAGAGCGAGAACACGUUAACGCUAAUCAAGCUAUAUUACAGCAGCUUAAAGAGCUCAAAGCGGCCAUGAAAAAUAAUAGCAGGCGAGGAGGCAGAACAAUCCCCUUUUUCGCGUGA